AUGCCGAAUGAAUACCCUCGUAUCACAUUGUUUCUAUUACUAUUUCUACUUGUGUGUUCGUCGGUGACUGCAGCAACAGACGCUGCAGUUCAGGUGGACUCGAGCUAUGUGAAGACUGGAGUUGGAGUGCGACAGGGAACUCUCAGUCCCGUGACACCACCAGCGACGACGGCCCCAGCAGUUGGUGGUGUUGCGCUGCAGUACGGAUUCUAUUCCCCAGAUAUGGUCCUUCUUCUUGGCACGAACGGCACGCUUGCGGCGCACUUGCUUGACUCAGGAUUGCCCAUGUGGAGUGUGGAUACUGGGGGAAGUGUGAUGCAUGCCAAGAUCGAUUUGCACGCGACAGAAGACGUGGUGCGUGAAGACCCUCUUGCGGUUCCCUUUGUGGUCGAAGGCGAUAUGCUUUUCACUAGACGUCGUUUCGCAUCACAGGCGGCCGGGCGUCAUCUGCCUCUUGGGUCCUCAGCGAAUCAUGAAGAUGGACAGGAAGAUAAAAAAGAGGAUUUGCUUGGUGCAGAUAACAUACCUCUUUCUCCAGCGCAUCCACACUAUUUCAUGAAUCUGUCCACACUGAUUCGACGACAGCAUAUGCGUCUUGGAGGCACAGACAUAUAUGUAGUAACUUCGGCACAGAUAAUGGACAUCAGUAGUCACACUGGGAAGCUGGUCUUCGCGCCGAAUUCGCUUCUGCCUCACCUGCAUAUUGUUCGUUACAACAUCACUGUUCACGCUUGGUGUCGUGGCAUGUAUAGCUGGCAGAUAAGUAUGGCGCAAUACAGACUGAGCGAAGGUUCCCUCACGCAGGCUACUGGAUGUGUCCAAGAGGAAGGGGAUCCACGCAGGGUCUCCCGCGUGCUGCAGGACCUUUUGCAAAAAGAAAACAGCAACGGUGGUCAUGAGCCAACUGUGACUCCAGAUUCCCGCACGACGGGAGAGGCCAACUUGGAGUCGGCUGUUGAUGUCUGUCGCAAGAGUGAAAUAGCACAGCGUCUGACAGUGAAGGAGAUGGAGAAGUCAAAGUACGCGUUGUGGAACAAAGCGAGUGGAACUGCCCUGUGGCCUACUGCAGUCAAUACCAUCGAUAAUGUUGCAGCCGCCUUCAUCUGCGUCAGAGACUACGGUGGAGUGAAACGUGUACCUGUUUACCGCCUACAACCGUCUGUAACCGCGGCGGCCAUCAUCACCACAGGAAAAACAACAACAACUGCAUCUAUUGAAGGUGUAAAGAACGGAAACCACGAAGCACACAGUAUUUCAAACUUCCUUAGUGACCGCCCGUGGACAGAGCAUUCCUCACUCAUUCGAAUCUUCGAGGAAACAAGGGAUGGUGACAUCGCUGCCGAUGAACUCGAGGCCCGUGAGCUUCAGAACUCGAUGCAGGAAUGCUCCUGGGUGUAUGGUUGCAGUGCCCAGCAGAUAGGUAUUCCAAAUCACUCACCAACUGAAGAGGGUGAAUGGACGGAGCCAUUCCAGCUUGUUCCCCAAAUAUUUAUUCUGUGGUCAUAUACAUCAACACGGCGCACAGUGUUCAUUGCCUUCCAUGUGUUGAUUCUCAUCAUUUCACUGACUUUAGCCUGUUUUGGUGUGGUGCCCCGACGACGCUUGCAGAAUGCUUGGGCCCAGGUCGACGCACUUCAGAAUGACAUACGUAACUCAUCCAGGCCAGGCUCUGCAAUGCUCGCACCUGUAGAUAUAAGUAUGAGAAGUGAAGCCUAUGGUAUUUUUAAAGGCGUUCCACCAUUAGCGCUAUCACCAUUUCAAAUGCCAACCAGCCAGGGCGCUAUGUCAUUCGCUUCCCCCACACACCCAUUUUCCCUCGACGCCCAAAAUGUGAAGGAGGGGGAGGGGGCCGAGGAGGAGGACGAAAAGCAGCGACAACGGACAUUGGAAUCGGACGGGGUGGAUGUAAGUGAUACGUGGUGGAAGUGCUCAGGUGGUGAAGAUGACUCUUCGAUGAGUGAGAAACAAAGCACAGGGAUUUCAUUUCCCACGACAAAUACCACUGCUCCACCGCAAUUAUUCCAGCAGCAUUUUAAUGUCUUGAAAAAGGUUGGGCAUGGGGCGGAAGGGAGUGUGUUCUGCGUGGAGCACCGAGUCACAGGUGCUAAGUAUGCUAUAAAGGCCAUCCGCAUUCAUGUGGAGGACCAGCAAAGAUGUGUGCGGGAAGCAGUGCUUCACAGUUCACUGGAUUUCCCUAAUGUUGUGCGCUUUUUCUACUCAUGGAUUGAGCAUAUGCCUCGCCAUGUGGCUGAGGGACAUGGUAUUUUAAAUGACGAUGACACAAUGGACACACUUUCAAUUCAAACGGAGGAUAGUUUCUAUACCAAACAGCUACAUGAAUCUGUCACAGCUGAAGGCUCCUACAGUGUUCUAUUUAUACAAAUGGAAUACUUUCAGCGCGGUACCCUUGCUGAUUUUUUUGCGACACGCAAUGGGUUCUCACGGCAGGAGAACCUAGAGCACCUCAUACAAAUCACGGAAGGGCUGCGAUACCUUCACCAGCAACGGGUGGUUCACCGUGAUCUCAAGCCUACAAAUAUUUUUGUAUCAGACAGCGGGAUAAUGAAAAUUGGUGACUUUGGCUUGGCGAAGCGACGUGGUGGACCAUUUGGCUCAAUGCGUAACAUGGUUGAUGAGUUGACAUCGAAUGCAUUUGCAGGUGAGGAGGAGCGCUCGGUCGCUGGAGGAAGUCCUCUUUACUGCAGCCCGGAGCAACUUCGUGGCGAUGCCGCUACCGCUGCCAGUGACAUUUAUUCCCUUGGCGUGGUUGCCGUGGAAUUCUACUGCUUAUUCACGACACAGCACGAGCGCUUCCGCACACUGGGUGAGGCACGCCACGGGGUAUUCCCGGUGGAAAUGGUGGAGGAAUUCCCGCAGGAGGUGGAGCUGUUCCGUGGGAUGUUGCGUGAGCACCGCGAGGGCCGCCCAUCGAUCGACGACGUGUACCAAACGCUGCGCCGCGCCGCAAAAGAGGAGCGCAGCAGCGCGCAGCAGAAGAAACAGGUGCGUAUGCCAAGCCCCAACGUGGAGGAGGAAGAAUCAGAAUUUCUAUCUCCGCUGAUGCCGCGAAAUAAUGCUUCAGAAUUUCUAUCUCCGCUGAUGCCGCGAAAUAAUGCUUCAGAAGUCCUGGCUUUCCUGCGGCCACAAAAUAGGCAGUCGAUCAGCUCACUCGAUUCAACGGCUGCUGCAAAUAUACAGUGA